UGUCAGCAGGAGGCAGGCACGUUGUUUGAAGAACAUCAGGAAACAAACAGAGGAGCAGGGCUCGUGAACGCGCACGGUCGGGGCUGCUGUUAAUGGCGACUGCGCCGUGGGAAGCAAGCGAGGAGUUGAAUGAGUUCCCUCCACAGUUGACGUGAAGCAGCCGCGGACAGUCAGACAGGACACCGCCGGUGCCGAGGGACAGACAGCAGGCACAGAGACACUGGCAGGACCCCGUGGUAGCACACUACAUGGAAACACACAGCCAGGUGUGUCUGCUAGCCUCACCGCUAGCCGUGUCAUGACGGCUGGAGAGAUUUCUCACACAUCUGUACGACGUUGCAGUGAGACGAGCACCAACACCCUGUUUACCCUCCUUCGCUGAAACCAAGUGAGGAGGGGUUGUUGGUUUUAUUUUAUUUUUUAUUUCUGGUUGUCCUACUCACCGGCGACUGUGGACAUAUCUGUGUUUCUUACCAUGGCUGAGAGAACCUCCUCCGGGUUGCUAACGAUGAUGUUGGAGCCCACGCCGGCUGUCGCUAUGACCCUACCCGCGGAGGUCCGGGAGAAGCUGGCGGAGCUGGAGCUGGAGCUCUCUGAAGGGGACAUCACUCAGAAGGGCUAUGAGAAGAAAAGAGGCAAGCUGCUGGCCCCGUACAUCCCACAGAUACAAGGUGUAGAUCCUUCUCUGCAAAUUGACAACAGGAUCCAGGCCUCUUCCCAAGCUGUUCUGUCAGGUUCCAAACACCACAAGUCCCGGGCGGCCAACACCCGGGAUGAACGCUUCAGAUCCGAUUUGCACACAGAAGCCGUCCAAGCAGCUUUGGCAAAGUACAAGGAGAGGAAGAUGCCAAUGCCCUCCAAGAGACGAUCUGUGUUAGUUCAGUCUUCUGUUGAGGCAUGCACCCCGCCAGACACCUCCUCGGCGUCAGAAGACGAGGGUUCGCUGCGCCGGCAGGGACGUCUGGCCACCUCCACGCCCUACCAGGGCCACGGCCACCCAGCCGUGGAGCACUGGUUUAACCGUGUCAUCCAGGGUUCGUCCACCUCAUCCUCCGCGUCAUCCACCUCAUCACAUCCGGGAGGGAGAUCCGUCAACACCACCAACACCACUGCCCACGCAGCCCUCAACGCCAACGCCGCAGCUACCGCACUGGCCGACCUCAUGGCACACACCCAGCUAGAUAACCACUCAGCACCCCCCGAUGUGACGGGGUUGUUGGAGCGCUCCUCGCUUCAUGCAGAGCGGCCCCAGGUGGCCUCGGUGCGGGGCAUUUCCCGGGGCAACAACCACCACACCAGCGUCAUGGAGACCGCAGAUGGUGUUCCAGUCAACAGUCGCGUCUCCUCCAAAAUCCAGCAGCUGCUCAACACUCUGAAGAGACCAAAGCGACCGCCGCUGCGAGAGUUCUUUGUCGACGACUUUGAGGAGCUUUUGGAUGUCCAGCAAUCAGAUCCCAACCAGCCGAGACCAGAAGGCCAGCACAUGAGUCCCCUGGAAGGAGAGCCUCUGGAGGUGGUAAACAACUGGCCUCCCUCCUUACCAGCAGCCUUACAGCGAUGGGGCACCACUCAUCCCAAGAGCCCCUGUCUUACAGCACUCGACAAUGCUGGCAAGCCCGUCUACACGCUCACCUAUGGUAAACUAUGGACCAGAAGUCAGAAGCUGGCCUACACGCUUCUCAACAAGCUGAGCACCAGAAAUGAGCCUUUGCUCAUGCCAGGAGACAGAGUUGCACUGGUUUUCCCCAACAACGACCCCGUGAUGUUCAUGGUGGCCUUCUACGGAUGUCUCCUAGCAGAGUUGGUACCUGUGCCUAUCGAAGUGCCCCUGACCAGAAAGGAUGCAGGAAGUCAACAGAUUGGCUUUCUGUUAGGCAGCUGUGGCGUCACGUUGGCUCUGACCACUGAUGCUUGUCAGAAAGGCUUGCCAAAAGCACAGACAGGGGAGGUUGCCACUUUCAAAGGAUGGCCUCGGUUGCUCUGGUUUGUGACGGAUGGAAAACAUGUUGUGAAGCCUCCUAAAGACUGGCAUCCUCCAAUACGGGAAGCCAGUAAUGACAUAGCCUACAUAGAGUAUAAAACCAGCAAGGAGGGAAGCACCAUGGGGAUCACAGUGUCAAAUGCAGCCAUGCUGGCUCACUGUCACGCCCUCACACAGGCCUGCGGCUACACUGAAGCCGAGACCAUAACCAACGUCCUGGACUUCAAGAGAGAAGGAGGAUUAUGGCAUGGUGUUCUUACUAGUGUCAUGAAUCGGAUGCACGUGAUCAGCAUUCCUUACUCCCUGAUGAAAGUCAACCCGCUCUCCUGGAUACAGAAGGUCCACAUAUACAAAGCAAGGGUUGCAGUGGUGAAGUCGAGGGACAUGCACUGGUCUCUGCUGGCCCAGAGAGAUCAGAGAGACAUCAGCCUGAGCUCGCUGCGCAUGCUAAUCGUAGCUGACGGAGCUAACCCAUGGUCUAUCUCCUCCUGCGACGCCUUCCUCAACGUGUUUCAGGCACGUGGGCUGCGACCUGAGGUGAUCUGUCCAUGUGCCAGCUCUUCAGAAGCCAUGACUGUCGCCAUCCGCAGACCUCCAGAAAUGGGUGUUCCUCCUCCAGGAAAGGCGGUGCUGUCUAUGGGGGGGCUGAGCCACAGUGUGAUCCGUGUGGACACAGAGGAGAAGCUCUCUGUCCUCACAGUGCAGGAUGUGGGACAGGUCAUGCCUGGAGCUCUGGUGUGUGUGGUGCGGGUGGAGGGGACGCCCUAUCUCUGUCAGACUGAUGAGGUGGGAGAGAUCUGCAUGAGCUCCGGCUGCACGGGCGUAGCUUACUACGGCCUGCCGGGCAUGACCAAGAACAUCUUUGAGACCAUCCCAGUUACAUCGUCUGGGAUUCCCAUCAGCGACAGACCCUUUACCAGAACGUCACUGCUGGGCUUUGUGGGGCCGGACAGCCUUGUGUUUAUUGUGGGGAAGAUGGAUGGGCUGAUGGUGGUCAGUGGGCGGAGACACAAUGCAGAUGAUGUGGUGGCCACAGCCCUGGCAGUGGAGCCCAUGAAGUUUGUGUACAGGGGAAGGAUAGCAGUGUUCUCUGUAUCCGUGCUGCAUGACGAGAGGAUCGUUGUUGUCGCGGAGCAGCGGCCGGACGCCUCUGAAGAAGACAGCUUCCAGUGGAUGAGCCGAGUCCUUCAGGCCAUAGACAGCAUCCACCAGGUGGGGGUGUACUGCCUAGCUCUGGUGCCGGCCAACACGCUUCCCAAGGCUCCGCUGGGUGGCAUCCACAUAUCUGAGACCAAACAGCGCUUCCUGGAGGGCGCCUUGCACCCCUGCAACGUCCUCAUGUGCCCUCACACAUGUGUCACCAACCUGCCCAAGCCAAGACAAAAACAGCCAGAGGUCGGUCCUGCUUCUAUGAUAGUGGGUAACCUGGUGGCAGGCAAGAGGAUAGCACAGGCCUGUGGGAGAGACGUGGGCCAACUGGAGGACAAUGACCAGGCACGUAAGUUCCUGUACAUACAGGACGUGCUGCAAUGGAGAGCUCAGGCCACUCCAGACCAUCCUCUGUUCCUUGUUCUCAAUGCUAAGGGCACGGUGGCGAGCACAGCGACCUGUCUGCAGCUGCACAAGCGGGCAGAGCGGGUGGCCACAGCGCUGAUGGGACGCCUCAACACUGGAGAUCAUGUAGCACUCGUCUACCCCCCAGGAAUCGACUUGAUUGCCACUUUCUACGGCUGCCUGUACGCCGGCUGUGUGCCAGUCACUGUCAGACCCCCCCACCCCCAGAACCUGGCGACCACCCUGCCCACCGUCAAGAUGAUUGUUGAGGUCAGUAAGUCGGUGUGUAUCCUAACCAGUCAAGCAAUUAUGAAGCUGCUGAAAUCCAAAGAGGCUGCGGCUGCCGUGGACAUCAAGAGCUGGCCCAUGGUGUUGGACACAGAUGAUCUGCCCAGGAAGAAGACUCCCCAGAUGUACAAGCCCCCGACCCCAGAGAUGUUGGCCUACCUGGACUUCAGUGUGUCAACAACAGGCAUCUUAGCAGGGGUCAAAAUGUCUCACGCUGCCACCAGUGCCUUGUGUCGCUCCAUCAAACUGCAGUGUGAGCUCUACCCCUCGCGGCAGAUCGCCAUCUGUCUGGACCCGUACUGCGGCCUGGGCUUCGCUCUCUGGUGCCUGUGCAGCGUGUACUCGGGCCACCAGUCGAUCCUGGUUCCUCCUCUGGAGCUGGAAAGCAACGCGUCUCUGUGGCUGGCCGCAGUCAGCCAGUACAAAGUGCGCGUCACCUUCUGCUCAUAUUCAGUCAUGGAGAUGUGCACCAAGGGCCUGGGCUCACAGACAGAAGCACUGCGGUUGAGAAACGUGAACCUGUCGUGUGUGCGAACGUGCAUGGUGGUCGCAGAGGAGCGGCCCCGCAUCGCGCUCACUCAGUCCUUCUCCAAGAUCUUCAAGGACUUGGGGCUCUCGCCACGCGCCGUCAGCACCACCUUCGGCUGCAGGGUGAACGUGGCCAUCUGUCUGCAGUCCAACAGGUUAGGGAAACUGGCUGAGCAGGGCACAGCGGGACCUGACCCCACCACUGUUUACGUGGACAUGAGAGCGCUACGUCACGACAGGGUCCGCCUGGUAGAGAGAGGGUCUCCACACAGCCUGCCACUGAUGGAGUCUGGGAAGAUCCUUCCAGGAGUGAAGGUGAUCAUUGCCAACACAGAGACUAAAGGACCCUUGGGAGACUCCCACCUAGGAGAGGUGUGGGUGAGCAGUCCUCACAAUGCCACAGGAUACUACACAGUUUACGGGGAGGAGGCGCUGCACGCCGACCACUUCAACACCAAGCUGAGCUUCGGAGACACCCAGACGGUGUGGGCGAGGACGGGCUACCUCGGCUUCCUGCGGCGCACCGAGCUGACAGACGCCAGUGGAGAGCGCCACGACGCCCUCUAUGUGGUGGGCUCUCUGGAUGAGACCCUGGAGCUGAGGGGAAUGAGGUAUCACCCAAUCGACAUCGAGACCUCCGUUAUCCGUUCUCACAAGAGCAUAGCUGAGUGUGCGGUGUUCACUUGGACCAACCUCCUGGUGGUGGUAGUGGAGCUGGAGGGGUCCGAGCAGGAGGCCCUGGACCUGGUUGCCCUGGUCACCAACGUAGUCCUGGAGGAGCACUACCUCAUCGUGGGAGUGGUGGUGGUGGUCGACCCCGGCGUCAUCCCCAUCAACUCCAGAGGGGAGAAGCAGCGCAUGCACCUCAGAGACGGGUUCCUGGCCGACCAGCUGGACCCCAUAUAUGUGGCUUACAACAUGUGAGGGUCCCCUCCUCCUCCACGUGGCUCAUCACACAACGGGAGUCGGUGUGGCUUCUGUUGAAAGAAAGCGUGCUCCUCUUUCAGCUCGCAGACAGGGAAACAUGAAAGAAAACGUGGAUGCAAAAUGGAGAGAAAUCCCAAGAGAAAUUAGAUCAACACAAACCUCAUGUCAGUUUCUCCCUGCGAUUUCUCGCCUCAACAAAUAAUGUUUUAAAGAGGUUUUGUUGAAAAGAGUUUUGAGUAUGACAGAGUGUCCGUGUCCUUAAACCCGGGACACAUGAUAGCAGCAAGUAUAACACUACACAGUUCCAUUAACUUCAUCUACUGUCCGUUUCUAUAUUUUCAUUAUUUGUUGUGUUUGCCACACACUAGUGCCAUAGACUGACACCAUGUUAAGUGUUCGCAGAGCCAUUGCCGGUCAUAUAUGAUUUUUAUAGAAGAAAAUCCAUCUUACGUACAUUGUCGUCUGCCUGAAGUCAACCCGGAUUUUUGUGUUCCUGCUCAUUUCACAUCAUGUUGUUAGUAUUGCAGAGACGCACACAGCAGUUAUUGCUUCCAUCAUUUCAGCAUCAUUCUUUUUAAUUUGUGGUGUCAGUAACAGGAUGUUUAGAAAUACUAUGUGGUUGACGCAAUGUUGUCCUUUUCUAAAUCAAAAAAGUGUAAUAUAGUUAUUGUUUUAUCUAAACAAAAUGCAAUAUGAGUGACGUGAAAGACUUUGAAUGACUGCAGACAGUAAGUGCCCAGCCUUCGGAGUCGUGAGAUGGCGAGGAAUAUAAUCGUUGCUUUCCAUUAGCAACCUGCCAAAUAAUAUGAAUGAAGCCUUAAGUGAAUUUUCUGACUCUUUCCUAUCCCAGCUUAACUUAAUUUUGUGAAGUUUAUCAGCUGUAUGAUAGGGAGGGGGAUAUGCAGAGGGAGGUAAGGUAUGGUAAAUCCUAUUGCACCCAAAGUCUUUCAUCUUUCUGGUUAAUAUGAAUAUACUUUAUCGUAGCAUCAGCCACAACAAACACACACUCCAUACAUAUUUUAAAAGUGUCUGUCCCUAUUGUCAGUUGUGUUGAAUGUGUGUUUUAAAGCAAAGGACUGGAAGACAUUGGAGCCGGUAUUGGUUUCAUGCAGAAUGUCAAAGCCACAUUUCGAGUGCCAUAGGGUUGAAUGAGAGUUACAAAAGUAUUUGUAUUGCAUGUCUUGAUGAAGGCAAGUGUCUAAUAUGCUCAUAACAUCUUGACCUCCCACAUUAUCACAUUGACUUUGUAAAGAUUCACUUCACUGUGUGUUGCUUCUUUUCUCUGUGUGAUCAUCCCCUCAGAAACAGGCUCCUGCCUGCUGUAAGUAUGUACAGGUUUUGUGUAAAUUAUUAAUAGAUGGAGAAGAUGACCACAUAACACAAAGACUGAAUCUGGUAUAUGUGAAUUUCUCCCUCACAAACAAAAAUUAUUUGAAACGUGUUCUCAUGUGUGGACACUGAGAAGAGACGUGAAAAGCCUUGUAAACAUUUUUAUAGUAUGGAAGUGGGAGACCAAGCACACUCCUCGCACAAGGAGAAGACCGGCGCUCUGGGGACCUCUGAGACGUCACGUCCUCCAGAGCAAACCUUUGUUGUUAACAUAUGGAAAGAUACAUUUGUCUGAUAUAUGGUUAGUUGUCAUUAUUUUCAUAACAUGAUUUCUUAAUGAAUAAAAAAAAAAGUGCUUUUAA